AUGUGUAAGAUCCCAGGGGAUGAGACGGGAGCAAAGAAGAAGAAAAGGAAACCAAAGCGGAAGAAGGAGAAAGGUGGGAAGCUAGACUCGGAUGACCAGUCAAAGGCUAACUCAUUACCUGCCGAGAAGCUCCAGGAGAUCCAGAAAGCCAUUGAACUGUUUUCUGUUGGUCAAGGACCAGCAAAGAGUAUGGAAGAGGCAACCAAACGCAGUUACCAGUUCUGGGAUACCCAGCCAGUGCCAAAGCUUGGUGAAGUAGUGACAGUGCAUGGCCCUAUUGAGCCAGACAAGGCUAAUAUUCGACAAGAGCCUUACAGUUUACCACAAGGAUUUCUGUGGGAUGCCUUGGAUCUUGGGAAUGCUGAAGUGUUGAAGGAGCUGUAUACACUGCUGAAUGAGAACUAUGUGGAGGAUGAUGACAACAUGUUUAGGUUUGAUUACUCACCUGAAUUCUUAUUGUGGGCUCUGCGUCCUCCUGGCUGGUUGCUCCAGUGGCACUGUGGCGUACGUGUCGUCUCCAACAGGAAAUUAGUGGGCUUCAUCAGUGCCAUUCCAGCUAAUAUUCAGAUUUACGACCAUCAAAAGAAGAUGGUGGAAAUUAACUUCCUGUGCGUGCAUAAAAAGCUACGAGCUAAACGGGUGGCUCCAGUCUUGAUCCGGGAGAUCACCAGAAGAGUCAACCUUGAAGGCAGUUAUCAAGCUGUGUAUACUGCGGGUGUGGUGUUGCCUAAACCCACACCAAAAACACCUGGUCUGAGGCCGAUGACGUGUGCUGAUGUGAAGAGCGUGUGCAGACUGUUGAGGGAAUACUUGAAACAGUUCUAUCUGACUCCAAUAAUGAAUGAAGAGGAGGUCGCUCACUGGUUCUUGCCUCAGGAAAAUAUUAUAGAGACUUAUGUGGUAGAGAGCCCUGAAGGAGAAUUGACAGACUUCAUCAGUUUUUACACUCUUCCUUCCACCAUCAUGCACCAUCCUGUUCACAAGAGCCUGAAAGCUGCUUACUCUUUUUAUAAUGUCCAUACCAAGACUCCUCUUGUUGACCUCAUGAACGAUGGCCUCAUCCUUGCAAAGUCGAGAGGUUUUGAUGUUUUCAAUGCACUGGAUCUAAUGGAAAAUAAGACCUUCCUAGAAAAGCUGAAAUUUGGAAUUGGAGAUGGCAACUUGCAGUAUUAUCUGUACAAUUGGAAGUGCCCCAGCAUGCCUCCUGAGAAGGUUGGGCUCGUGCUGCAGUAA